UAUACAAUGUUCAUAUUGUAGGUAUGUAAACACGAAUUUUUCGUAUAAAAAGCGCUGUAGCUGCCUCGAUGCAGUAUCCUAACUUGGUCUCUCAAGUGAGCAAAAUGAAUAUUCUACUGUUGUGCUUCGUUGCAUUCGGCACAUUUAAAGCAAUAGUGUGCGAUGCUCCCAUAGUACAAGUGGAACAGGGCGCGUUACGCGGCAAACUCCAGGAUGCGGUCGCGGGAGGCUAUCAGUUCUACAGUUUUGAAAACAUUCCCUACGCAAAACCACCAGUCGGAAACCUGAGAUUCAAGGCACCCGAAGAACCGGAAUCAUGGGAAGGCGUCAGGGAUGCCACCGCUCUAGGACCCAUGUGCCCACAGUACAGCCCCUUGAGUGGCAUCUGGAACUUAGGCAGUGAAGACUGUCUCUCCUGUAACGUAUACACUCGCAAUUUAACAGGAAAGGCACCUGUUAUGGUCUACAUAUCUGGUUUUGCCUACUUCUUUGAUGGAGAUUAUGAAAGUCUCUACGGAGCUGAUUACUUGGUCGAAGAUAUGGUAGUAGUUACAUUCAAUUACAGAAAAGAUGCAUUGGGUUUUCUGGACCUUGGCAUUAAAGAUGCUCCUGGAAAUGCUGGUUUAAAAGAUCAAGUUUUACUUCUUAAAUGGGUACAAAAGAACAUUGCAGCGUUUGGAGGUGAUCCAGACAGCGUCACUUUGGUUGGGUUAAGUUCUGGUUCAGCGGCGAUUGCGCAUCACUUGAUGUCACCAUUGUCUACAGGCUUAUUCCACAAGGCUGCUCUGAUUAGUGGAGUACCUUCUUGUGAUGCUAUAUUCUCAUACAAAGUUAAGGAAAAAUCUUUGCUCCUUGGCAAAAAAUUAGGUUACGAUGGUGAAUCCAAAGAGGAGCUAUUAACUUACCUCCAAAGUCUACCCUAUAAAGAUUUGAUGUACAAAAUGAUUUACGUUUCAUCUGCUGAAGAACAGCAAAGUCAGUUGUUGAAGAAAAUGUCCACAUUCGUGCCAGUUGUUGAAGAAGAUUUUGGUCAAGAUAGGUUCAUCACUGAGGAUAUUACGAGCGCUUUGGAAAAUGGACUAGUCAACAAAGUAGACCUCUUGAUUGGAUAUUCUGACCAAGAAGCUCUGAUCGUUGUUAAUCAGUACGCUGAUUAUUUGUUGAACCUCUACAAAGAGAACCCACUACUUUUCGUUCCUAACAAAAUAUUGUACCAGGAGGACAUUGAGGAUAAAAAACUGGCCUUAGCUAAUAAAAUCAAAAACUAUUACUUGGGAGACAAAGAAGUGAGCGUGGACAACAUGAAAGAAUUUGUUCAGUGCAACAGUCACUCCUGCAUGAUAUAUGAUGUUUUGAAAUUCGCACAAAAGGUUUCUAAAUUGACUGAUACGUACAUGUUCAAAUUCAGUAGUGUUUCAAACAGGAACCUGUACGGUAACGAAGGAGAGAAGUUCGGCUUUAGAGGAGCUUCUCACGGAGACACCGUCUUGUACAUGUUUGACCCUAAACCCUUGAAUAUGGUUGUAAGCGCUGACAGCAAGGAAUACGCUCUUAUCAAACAAUUCGUAGGCAGUAUAUCCAACUUCGCAGCUACUGGCAAACCUGCCGCCAACUGGCCUAAAUUCGACGUUGAGAGCCAAAACUACGUGGAAUUCACGGACUCCAUGACAGUGAAACAAGGACCCAACAGGGCUGAUGUUAUAUUCUGGGACGGCAUAUACGAGCAGGCGCACCACCCUAUCUACCCGAACUAUAUUCUACAAUGGAUUUCCUGCGAAUUCGUUGAAGUGGAAGUGGCUCAAGGUCACUUACGUGGAGAAGUAUUGGAGACAGUUACUGGUGAAGCGAAGUACUACAGCUUUAAAGGCAUUCCUUACGCCAAGCCGCCUGUUGGUUCUCUUAGGUUUAAGGAUCCACAACCACCGGAACCAUGGGACGGAGUGAGAAACGCGACACAACACGGCUCCGUGUGUCCUCAAAUAGAUUUACUCAACAGUGUUGUUAUACCUGGCAGUGAAGACUGUCUCUUCCUCAAUGUGUAUACUCCUGAUUUAACACCAGAACAUCCUUUACCAGUCAUGGUCUUCAUCCAUGGAGGAGGAUUUAAAUUUGGCUCAGGAAACGUUGACGUUUACGGACCAGAUUUCUUAGUAGCCAAAGAUGUAAUAGUCGUAACAAUGAACUACAGGUUAGAUGUCUUAGGAUUCCUUGCUUUAGGAACAAAAGAAGUCCCUGGUAAUGCUGGAAUGAAGGAUCAGGUCCUAGCAUUAAGAUGGGUGAAUGAAAAUAUUGAAAGCUUUGGAGGUGAUAAUCAAAACAUCACCCUAUUUGGUGAAAGUGCCGGUGCAUCUGCUGUUGGUUAUCACUUGGUUUCACCAAUGUCUAAAGAUCUGUUCCAAAAAGCAAUAUUACAAAGUGGUGUGCCUAGUAUGGACCCUCACAUUCCUUACAGAACCGUAGAGAGAGCAUUUGUCCUCGGAAAGUCUCUUAACAUUACAACUAAAAAUCCCGCUGAACUCCUUGUCUCACUACAAGAGCUACCAGCCGUGGAACUGCUGAACAGGACUGCAUAUUUGUUUGCAUCGGAAUCGAUAACUCAUAUUGUGUUUAAAUUUACUCCUUUCACUCCUAUAAUAGAAGAAGACUAUGGCCAAGAGAUAUUUGUGGGUGAAGAUCCCUUUGAUACUUUAGACAGUGGUAAUGUUAACAACAUAGAUAUUAUGUUUAGUUACACUAAAUAUGAGAUGCUGAUCAUGUUACCGUACUAUGUGAAUGAUACUUAUCGGUACAUACAACGGUACAACAGGUACCCAGAGCUCCUAGUGCCCAGUAAAAUAUUGAUGAAGGCAAAUAAUGAUGACAUCUACUACUUGUGGAAUAAAAUUAACGAUUUCUACUUUGGCAAUAAGAGUAUAAGUGUUGAAAACAUGCCUGAGUUCAUCAACUACGCUGGCUUUGCCAGUCUUGUAUAUGAUGUCCAUAGAUUUAUCAGACGCUGGCCUCAGGUCGGGAAUAUCUACCUCUUUAAGUUCGAAAGUAUCUCAAGCAGAAAUUUCUACGGUCUGCCAGGCGCUGCCUACGGUCUCAAUGGCCCUUCCCACUUCGAUGAUUUGUUCUAUGUGUUUGAUCCUAAAUCGUUGCAGUUCCCUUUGCCAACUGAUAGUCGAGAAUAUAAAUUGGUUCAGCAAAUGGCUACCAUCUUCACGAACUUUGCUAAAUAUGGAAACCCGACUCCAGACUCGUCCCUGGGUGUGUCUUGGCCUCAGUACAACAAAAGUAAGCAAGCUUAUGCGAUCGUAGCUGACAACAUCACUAUAGACUACAAACCUGAUGCUAAAGAUAUCAAAUUCUGGAAGAAAGUUCUCGAAUACGCUCACAUCAAAUUCUAGUCUAUAAUUAUUUAUUAGUUGUUUACUAAUUAUCUGUUACGUUUCAAUAAAUUAUUUCGUUUCAAAUAUCU